CCGUCUCCUCUCCCUGGCUCCUCUCCCUGGCUGCUGGUGUAUGAUUACUUACUGCACCUUCCCAUCACUGCAACUUCCCCAUACUAACAAUUACAGCUGGAGUACAUUCAAUCCUCCUCUUCCGCUCUGCGACUACCCUUAGACCAUCAUCAAUAUCGUCAUUCCAGAAUCCUCCUUCUCUCAAUCAUUCGACCAUCUAUUCUCACGCGCGCGCACACACAAUGCUUUCUACCUCCCAACACAUCUCAUCAUCAUUGUUCUCAACCGAGAAAGCAUUUGCGCAAUAACACUGCAACCUCUCCAACACACACUCACACACACAUCAUGGCUGACGCUUCUUCACGGCCGAACCUCGCGGUCGCAACGUCCACCACAACGGCACCCGCUUCGCACAGCAUCCCCAUCCCUAAUAGUAAUCCUACGUCACAUUCCGCCUCACAAGCACACCGCAAACGAACCGCCCUGGAACCUUUCUCUCCCGUCACGGAGAAUGGAAGCUUCGAAUUCGACCGUAUCAUCAAAGCAGGCGAAGUCCUGAAGAGGACGCGCAAGACGAAAACAUGGAAGCCGGUCUACAUCGUCCUGCGACCGAACCUCCUCUCCAUCUACAAAGAUCGCCACGAAUCUAAACUCCGCCAUCAAAUCAACCUCUCCGAACUCACUGCCGUCGCCCGCCAGAAGGAUCCCAAAAAAUCGGACAAACAUCGUUUCGGUCUGUUCACCCCAUCGCGGAAUUUCCACAUUCAGGUCACCUCCGAUGUAGAGGCUCAAACAUGGGUGGAAUUGAUUCGGACGGGUGCGCGCAUGGAUGAUGUUCAGGAGGAAUUGUACCUCGCCAGCCCAGGUGGUUUCGGCGGGUCAAGCACCACUGCCUAUCAUGGCUUCGAGCGUAGCAUCGAUGCCCAGCUAGGCUCUCACCGACGAAUGUCGACGGCGGAGUAUUCAGGAGUGGAGCUUGGCUCCGUCUCGGAUUUCUCGGAUUUCGCGGCCUCUCCCACCACCAUCUACUCCCCCGGCCUAUCCCAACCGCCACAACAACCACAACAACAAAACCCCGGCACCACCGGCACCAACCCGAAAAACCGCCCCAUCGACCACAGCGAACGCAUCCUCUACCACGGCUGGAUCCAACUCCUCAAACGCAGCAAAUCCGGCGUCCGCAGCUGGAAGAAGAUCUGGAUGGUGCUGCGGCCCGCGCACCUCGCGCUGUACAAGAACGACGAGGAAUACUCCGCCCUCCUGAUCCUGCCGGUGGAGAACCUCGUCGACGUCGUCGAGAUCGACCCCAUCUCCCGCACCAAAACGAGCUGCUUCCAGGUCAUCACCGAGGAACAGAAGAACUUCCGCUUCUGCGCCAGCGACGAGGAGUCCCUCGCGCGAUGGCUGGGCGCGUGCAAGAGCCUUCUGAGCCGGAGGAAGGCGGCGGCGGCACAGGCGCAGGCUCAGAAACAGGCUCAGCAGCAGCAGCAGCAGAUGCAACAAGGGCAGGCACAGCAGACAUCACAAGGGCAGUGA